UCCUCUUCCACAAAGAUAACUGGAUUUUUGCUGCUGCGCGCCUCCAACUAACUCCAUCCUGCGGUCCUGUUUUCUGUUUAGUUCUGUUUGUUCUCCAAUCGGGAAAUACAUUUGGAGGACGGCAUUUUUCAGAGUUUAGAGACUGAGGACCGCCUCAACUGACAAACAGUUUCAUGUGCUGAGCUCAUCAGCCAGCAUGGCUCCAAAUGGCAAUUUUCCUCUCAGCUACUGAGGAUGCAGGGUGAAAAGCCCUGAGCAGGCCUUCAGUGACUCGCCAAAGUCUGCUGGCAUGGACAUGAAUAUUAAAGCUGCCAUUUCAACUCAAGUGAAACACUGCAAACACUAACUGGCACCAGAAAGGACUGUUCUAAAAUUACAUAUAUUAAACUGAGUGUGCCCAGUGGAUAUCUGAAUAUUGGUCUCGACUCCAACUAAGCCAUGGCAGAGAGGACCUUUGAACAAUGUUGGAUGGAACAAUGAGAGGCUUUACCAGUGGUUUGGACAGUAUAAAGUAAUGCUGAUUGUUCCGGGAAAUAAGUGCUUAACAAGCCCACUAAUAUGCAAAUCUAUGGUAGCAUUUAAUCUCUUGUCUUACAAUGCAUCAGUUCACACUAGACAGCCUGUUAUAUGCCAGUCUACACAGUCAACUUAGCAUAACAGUUGCUUAAUCUAAGGUUAGUUUGAAUUCAUUUAUAUCUUAUAAGUUCUACUAGCCAUUAACAGAUUUUCUAAUCACACAAUGAUUGUUAAAAAGCCACACAGUACCCAUAUCUUAUGGGUUGUGCUGCUCAUUUGUUGCUUUGUCGAAAUAGGUACCUGUCUAGAAUUUUCAGGAGCUGAGGGACAGUGGGCAAGGUUUCCAGUGUGGAAUGCAUGUUGCGAAAGUGAAAUGAGCUUCAACAUGAAAACGAAGAGUUCCCAUGGGCUGCUUGUUUACUUCGACGAUAAGGGAUUCUGCGACUUUUUAGAACUUCUGAUGGUCAGUGGUAAACUGAACCUUCGCUUCUCCAUCUUCUGUGCCGAGCCUGCAACUGUUGUGUCUGACACAACGGUCAACGACAGCCAGUGGCACUCAGUCACAAUAAGGAGAAACUUUAAGAACACAACCCUUAUGGUGGACAAUGAAAUAAAGUGGGUGGAGGUAAAAUCCAAAAGACGAGACAUGACUGUCUUCAGCCCUUUGUUUAUAGGGGGAAUACCGCCGGAGUUGAGGUCUGUGGCUUUCCACCUGACGUCAACUGCAGUCAAGGAUCAGUUGCCUUUCAUUGGAUGGAUAACAGAUAUAGAGGUCAACAAUACGGAGUCUGUACUGAUCAACAGUGAGGGGGUCUUAAUGGACAUCUGUGGAACUGCCAACAUGUGCUUGAAUGGAGGAAUCUGCAGUUUAAUUAACAACGCACCGACGUGUGACUGCUCUCACACAGGCUUCCAAGGAAAUGACUGCAGUGAAGAAGACCACCCUACAGAAGGUCUGGCACACCUGAUGAUGGGCGACCAAGGGCAAAGAGGGGAAGUUUGGCUUCUAAGGUCCCUGCUGAGCAUACAAGGAAAAGAAGAAUAUGUUGCAACCUUCAAAGGAUCUGAGUUCUUCUGCUACGACUUGUCCUUGAACCCAAUUCAAAGCAGCAGUGAUGAAAUCACAUUGUCAUUCAAAACCCUUCAGAGGAAUGGACUGAUGCUGCACACGGGCAAAUCAGCUGAUUACGUCAACUUGGCACUGAAAAAUGGGGCUGUCUCACUCGUCAUUAAUUUGGGGUCUGGAGCCUUUGAAGCUCUUGUGGAGCCAGUCAAUGGGAAAUUUAAUGACAAUGAUUGGCAUGAUGUCAAAGUAACAAGGAAUCUACGUCAGCACUCAGGCAUUGGACACGCUAUGGUAACAAUAUCCGUGGAUGGGAUUCUGACCACCACAGGAUAUACACAAGAAGACUACACAAUGCUAGGCUCUGAUGACUUUUUCUAUGUUGGUGGGAGCCCUAGCACAGCUGACCUGCCUGGAUCUCCAGUUAGCAACAACUUCAUGGGUUGCCUCAAGGAGGUUGUUUACAAAAACAACGAUGUGAGACUUGAGUUGUCUAGGCUGGCCAAGCAGGAUGAUCCCAAGAUGAAGGUCCAUGGUACUGUGGCCUUUAAGUGUGAAAAUGUUGCCACUCUGGACCCUAUUACAUUCGAGACACCCGAUUCUUUCAUCAUUCUCAACAAGUGGAAUGCUAAAAAGACGGGCUCCAUCUCCUUUGACUUCCGUACCACAGAGCCCAACGGGCUCCUCCUUUUCAGCCAUGGAAAGCCUAAGCAGCAACCCAAGGAUUCCAGGAGCCCCCAAACUUUCAAGGUGGACUUCUUUGCUAUUGAAAUGCUGGAUGGGCAUCUGUACUUGUUGUUAGAUAUGGGAUCAGGAACCACCAAGACCAGAGCAGUCAAUAAGAAAGUGAAUGACGGCGAGUGGUACCAUGUGGACUUUCAACGAGAUGGAAGAUCAGGUACCAUCUCGAUCAAUACCCAACGCACUGCCUACACGGCCCCGGGAGAAAGUGAGAUUUUAGACUUGGAUGACAAUCUUUACCUUGGGGGUCUGCCAGAGAACAAAAUGGGACUGGUGUUCCCCACAGAAGUGUGGACAGCCCUGCUCAACUACGGCUAUGUGGGCUGCAUCAGAGAUUUAUUUAUUGACGGACAGAGUAAGGAUAUCCGACGCCUGGCAGAGAUCCAGAAGGCUACUGGGGUCAAACCUUCAUGUUCUAAAGAGCCUCCCAAGCAGUGCUUGAGCAACCCCUGCCAGAACAACGGAGUCUGUCGAGAGGGUUGGAACCGCUACGUGUGUGACUGUUCUGGGACUGGAUACCUGGGACGCUCCUGUGAAAGAGAGGCGACCAUACUCAGCUACGAUGGCAGUAAAUUUAUGAAAGUCCAACUUCCAGUGGUGAUGCACACAGAGGCUGAGGAUGUGUCCCUUAGAUUCCGCUCCCAGCGAGCCUACGGCAUUCUGAUAGCCACCACAUCCCGGGACUCAGCUGACACCCUGCGUUUGGAGUUGGAGAGCGGCCGUGUCCGGCUGACGGUUAAUUUAGAUUGUAUCAGGAUUAACUGUACCUCCAGCAAAGGUCCAGAGACUAUUUUUGCGGGUCAGAAUGUGAACGAUAAUGAGUGGCACACUGUACGUGUGUUCAGAAGAGGCAAGAAUUUGAAACUGACCGUAGAUGAUCUUACACCUGUGGAAGGUCAAAUGGCAGGAGACCACACCCAGCUGGAGUUCCAUAACAUUGAGACUGGCAUUGUGACAGAAAAGCGCUUCAUGUCUAUGGUGCCUUCCAACUUCAUUGGCCACCUCCAGAGCCUCUCCUUCAAUGGCAUGGCCUACAUAGACCUUUGUAAAAAUGGUGACAUUGAUUACUGUGAACUCAAUGCCAUGAUUGGCUUCAAGAACAUCAUUGCUGAUCCCGUCACCUUCAAGUCACGCUCCAGCUAUGUGACUCUUACUACUCUGCAGGCCUACUAUUCCAUGCACCUUUUCUUUCAGUUUAAAACCACCUCCCCUGAUGGUCUCAUUCUGUAUAACAGCGGUGAUGGAAAUGACUUCAUUGUGGUGGAGCUGGUCAAAGGUUAUCUUCACUAUGUGUCCGACCUGGGGAAUGGAGCUCACUUGAUCAAAGGCAACUCAAAUAAACCUCUAAGUGACAACCAGUGGCACAAUGUCAUAAUCUCCAGGGACACCAACAAUCUCCACACAGUCAAGAUUGAUACCAAGAUUACUACACAGACAACCACUGGAGCCAGAAAUUUGGACCUAAAAGGUAACCUUUACGUUGGUGGAGUGGCUAAGGAAAUGUACAAAGAGCUUCCUAAACUGGUGCACGCCAAAGAAGGUUUUCAAGGCUGCCUGGCGUCAGUGGACCUGAAUGGGCGCCUGCCAGACUUGAUGUCAGAUGCUGUGGACUGUGUGGGACAGAUAGAGAGAGGAUGUGAAGUUGCAUUGAUGAAAGCUGACUUGCAAGGGCCCAGCACGACAUGCCAAGAAGACUCCUGUGCCAACCAGGGUGUGUGUCUUCAGCAGUGGGAGGGCUUCAGCUGUGACUGCAGCAUGACGACAUUCGGAGGGCCGCUGUGUAAUGAUGCGGGAACAACGUACAUAUUUGGGCGAGACGGUGGACUGAUCACAUACACGUGGCCCCCAAAUGACCGUCCCAGCACGAGGGCCGAUCGACUAGCCAUUGGCUUCAGCACGCACCUGAAGGAUGCUGUCCUGGUGAGGGUGGAUAGCUCCUCUGGACUUGGAGACUUUCUGAAGCUCCACAUUGAAAGAGGGAACAUUGCUGUUGUAUUUAAUGUUGGAACAGAUGACAUUAACAUUGAGGAGACAUCAAAGUUUGUAAAUGAUGGAAAGUACCAUAUAGUGAAGUUUACAAGGAGUGGGGGUAAUGCCACUCUGCAGGUGGAUGACCUGCCUGUCAUUGAACGCUACCCCACAGGCAACAUUGAUAACGAACGCCUGGCGAUUGCUAGACAGCGAAUCCCAUACCGUCUUGGUCGAGUAGUUGACGAAUGGCUACUCGACAAAGGGCGACAGCUUACAAUCUUCAACAGCCAAACCACUAUACAGAUUGGGGGCUGGGAACGAGAUCGGAGUCGAUCGUUUCAGGGCCAGCUUUCGGGCCUCUACUAUAAUGGCUUAAAGGUGUUCAACAUGGCCGCUGAGGGGGAUCCCAACAUAAAGAUCCAGGGAAGCGUGCGGCUUGUGGGGGAGUCACCCUCCUCUAUCACACCACAGUCGAGUACCACAGGUAACCGCUCAGAGACGUCCACGUCCAUCAUGGAGAUCACCACCACCACCGCGUCCAGCAGGAGAGUCAAGCAGACGACGCCGCGGGAGCCUCAACAGACAACUGAUGACUUUGUGGUGGCUUCAGCUGAAUGUCCAAGUGAUGAUGAGGACAUCGAUCCCUGUGAGCCGAGCUCAGGUGGGUUAGCGAGUCCCACAGGUUCUGGACCAAAGGAGGAUUAUUCAGGCACGCAAGAAGUCUUCAGGGAGUCCAGCAGCACGACGGGGAUGGUGGUUGGCAUCGUAGCCGCAGCUGCGCUGUGUAUACUCAUCCUACUUUACGCUAUGUACAAAUACCGCAACAGAGACGAAGGCUCAUAUCACGUAGACGAGAGUCGUAAUUACAUCAGCAAUUCGGCACAGUCCAAUGGCACCAUUGUCAAAGAGAAACCUGUCAACACCACAAAGACCUCCACCAAGAACAAGAAGAACAAGGACAAGGAGUACUACGUGUGAUUGUUGAAGCUUUGGUCUUUGCCAGGCCAGCUCCAAAAUCAGUCGAAAGACAAAAUCAGGACGACAACAUCUGUACAGUAUAAUAACAAAGUGAAGAUUAUUUAGCCAUUUUUCCUACAAGACAUUUAAGUAAAGUGAAAAAGGGCGGAAAAAAAACAAGAAAAACUUUACUUUGAAACAUCCAAGACAGAAAUAUGUACUGUCCAGAAUGAAACUGAUGGGAAAGUGGCUCCAACAAACUCUUCAAAAUGGACUAAAUACAUACCUAACAUGUCACGCAAACAACAUAAACCCUUCUGUGACUUCUUCCUUGGCCAGGAUAAUGCGAUCAACUCCCUUGUUUUUGGUAAACAGAGAAGUACAGAUGCUGUUUACAAUAGAGGUCCAACAUUACAAACCUGCCGUUUGGAUUUACAUUGCCUGUGUAUGUGUUGUUGAGAUAUUUUCUAGAGAAAAUGGCACAAUUAAUAAAUGCAUACAUACAUUCGCCAAACAUUUGCUGUGGAUCAAAGGACAAACUGAAAAAUCAUCAGUGGAUGACGGAGAAAUCAACCACAGAAGAAACCGUGAGAUCCUGAAAAGACUGACAUCUGGCCGGCUGAACUGCUGCAGUGCAAAGAUGGGAGUGGAUGGUCAUUUCUCAUGAAAAAAGUCUGAUUUGAACUCGUUUUUGAAAUGUGCCAGUAAAUAUGUGGAGGCCUUCGUUUUCACAUUGCGUGAUUUCAAAAGGAGGAAGUUUCCUCAGAAUCCUUGGGAUGUCUGAAAAAAGUGAUCAUUCAGGAGCCAUGCACGCAAAAUUAUCCUAUAACAGUACAUAUGUUUAUAUACAGUACAACCACAUCUAUAUGUGCUUUCUGGACUGUGACAAAGUGGUGUUUUAUAGCCUGUUGUAUAGAUGAUAAAACAACUAUAACUGCUCCUCAACCAUUUUUGAAUAAAAUGUAAAAAAAGACAAAAAGAAAACAUAAGUGUUAAUAAGUGUUGCUAGACAUAGAAGAUUUUAUGAGGACAUGCUUCUUUUUCAGUUGGAUACUAAUUUGAACCCCCCUGUUUUUACAUGUGUUCCUAUAUAGUUUUUAUACAAAUGCCAACCUGAGAUAAACAAUCCUGGACCAGUAGCAGCAUAUUAGAUCCCAAAAACUGCACAAAAUGUUGAAAGUGGGGAGGCGUGCCCUGACAACUUCUCCCUUAUCGAAUCACUGCCUUCCUCCUCAACCCUGACAUCCACGAGCGAGAAUGCGGACAAAAAUAUGAGUGAUGAUGAUGACGAUGAUGACAAGGACUGGGAUUAAAGAAAUUGUUGUGUGUGUUUUUCUUUCCAAGUGGUAUUAUAAGACUGUCAGAUGUGUGCUUGGGCUGAUGCAAAACCCUGAGGAGAAAAGCUCAAAUAAGUCUCCAUUUCAACUGUUCUGUGUUUGUUCUGUCAUUCUGUCCGUCAGUUCUGCUUUCCAGAGACCUGUAUUUGGAAUGAGUAUGAGCAAAAAUGACCAUGAACUAUAAAUGAUGACUAUAAAUUCUUUUUGUUUGUU